AUGUCUGAGUCGAAGGAUCAGAUCACCGUCCAGGCAACUGGCAUAGACCAUGAUACAUCUACUCAUUCACUGGCAGAAGAUGCCCAGGGUGCACAGACUUCCCAGGCGGAAGCCUCUGAGCACCCUGUGCAACCCGCGGACCUGGUUGACCAGAAGAAAGGGUCCUUCGGCUAUUUCAAGACUAAAGAAUUCUACAUCACUGUUAUCCUAGGUCAAAUUCUCGCUAUUGCCAAUACCUCGACGAGUACCUUCACAACACUACUCGGUCAGGAACAGUGGGCAAUCCCUGCGUUCCAGACCUUCCUGAAUUAUGUGUUACUCAACAUCAUUUUCACCCCUUAUACGAUGUACCGUUACGGCUUCAAGGGCUGGCUCCGACUGGUAUACCGUGAUGGCUGGAAGUACAUCAUCCUUGCUUUCUGUGACGUGGAAGGCAACUACUUCAUUGUGCUGGCAUACCAAUACACAACCAUGCUAAGCGCGCAACUGAUCAACUUCUGGGCCAUCGUCGUGGUUGUCGUCCUUUCAUUCCUUUUCCUGGGUGUGCGCUACCACAUCACCCAAAUCGCAGGAAUUCUAAUCUGCAUCGGCGGUAUGGGAAUCCUCAUUGGCUCCGACCACAUCACCGGCACGAAUGGCGGAGACAUUUCCCACGGCAGACAGUUGAAGGGUGACCUGUUCGCACUGCUAGGCGCAACCUUCUAUGGUCUCACCAAUACCGGAGAGGAGUACUUCGUUAGCACUCGACCCGUGUAUGAAGUUCUCGGCCAGAUGUCAUUCUUUGGAAUGAUAAUCAACGGCGCGCAGGCCGGUAUCUUCGACCGGACCUCCUUCCACAAUGCGCACUGGGACGGAAAGGUCGGCGGGUAUCUCACCGGUUACACACUUUGUCUGAGUUUGUUCUACUGUCUCGCCCCACUAUUGUUCCGUCUUUCGUCGGCGGCUUUCUUCAACGUCUCUAUGCUCACCAUGAACUUCUGGGGCGUGAUCAUUGGCGUCAAGGUCUUCCACUAUCACAUCCACUGGAUGUACCCGAUCGCCUUUGUUUUGAUCAUUGUCGGUCAGCUAAUCUACUUCCUUGCCCAGAAGCUCCUGAGUGAAGCCCGCAAGCCAUGGCUUGGGACUAAUCAGGAACGUGGUGUUGUUGGUCUCUUUACUGCAAAGAGGAAGAUCGUGCAUACCAUCCCUGCUGCUGCGGGAUGUCAUGAUCAAACUGCCGAGCACAUCCCUGAGCACACUCCUACGGCGAACAUCAGCUCUGUCUGA